AAACGUCUGCGAAAAUACAAGCUUGCGCAUACCAAAAUACUAUUUUUUUCCUUCUUUACUUCAAAUCCCAAGCCUUAUUUUUUCCCCAUUUGUUUAAACAUGUUCGUAACUGAGGGAUUUCCUGGCAACCCUUACCAGUCAUUCCGUUGUGGAAGAUGUCAUUAGCGAGAGGAAUCUUGAUUAGAGCGUCCAAAUUAAAGCCAUGGAGAGUUAUAAAGUACGUAGUUAACCCAAUGCACCUGUGCCUUGUGAGAAAUAUAGCUAGCAAUGUGUCUUCCAUAGCGGUUCAGUCUGUAUCCCAUCCGGCGAGACCACUCCAACGAUGUCGGAUACCGCCGUAUUACUUGGUUGUGCGUUAUAGCAACAGCCCAUCGCAGGAGGAGCAGGACACGUUCAGUCCCUUAGAUAAAAUCAGUCUGACUGAAUCCUGUGUCAAGAGGCUUUCUGAGAUCAUGGAUAAGGGAGAGUGUCUGAGGAUACAGGUAGAAGGUGGAGGAUGCUCUGGCUUUCAGUACAAGUUCUCAGUGGACACUGUCAAAAAUGAGGAUGACAGGGUUUUUGAACAGAAUGGUGUUAGUGUGAUAGUGGACCAGGAGAGUCUGGAGUUUGUGAAGGGGGCCACACUUGAUUUCAGCCAGGAGCUUAUCCGCUCUUCCUUCCGGGUGCUGAAGAACCCCCAGGCCGAACAUGGUUGCUCUUGCGGCAGCUCUUUCUCUGUCAAAGCCUGAGUCUGACAUGUUCAAAUUUUCGGUACGUUUAGCUGACGCUCUGACCAAUUAAAAUCUUGUCUUGGAGCAUGAAUGUGUAGUGCCUGGAGUGCUAAGGGUGAGGAAUGAGAACUAGUGAUUCAAAAUUUGAGUGCUUUAUUUAAAGUGAAGCCAACCAUAGUCUGUACUUCCAUGCUCAAGUAUAUAAUCAUGGACUGGCAAGAAUUUGCUAUUUCUUGUUGUUAGGCUACAGUGAUUCAGUAUGACAUGAUCACAGCAUGUUAAACAUCAGAGGACAUUAAACUUUGCAUGUAUUUUCCUGUAUAUAAAGAAGAUUGUAAAUAUGUGAUUCUAAUAAAGUUGUUGGAAUGGUA